CCUCAUCAGUGUUUUUAGCGAAAUGAAGUCGUUUGUGUGGCACCCUGAGAUCCGGAGCUGAUGGCCAACUACAGUAUGCGGUUUACUGGGAGCAUAUAUGAUCAUUUCUGAUCUGAAGCACACUCAGCCAUAGUUUGCUCCAGAUAUGGUAUCGCUGACCAUUUUUUCUGCCUCUGGAUCUUUGUCAAACCUCCUGAAUUUUUACACUUGAGCAGGACCGAGUGGGUUUUGGCACAUUAGUAUGCGUGCUCGAGGCGCAACAUGUCUUUGUGCAUGAGUGCUGGGCAGUUAUAACUGAUCUGGGGAAAAAUAAGGGGAAACUCCCCCUCUGAAGACUUCUGAACAAUGACCGGACCAAGCGCCAGCAGCAGCGGCUCAACGUCCAAGAUCAGCAGACACGGUCGGUCCAAGAGCACCAGUACUCACUGUCACAAUAACGUUACCGGUCCGGCUGCUGAAUCCUCCUCAUCCACUGCCGCGAACAACACCGGUAGAUCCUCCGGUGAGGAAGACGAGAAAGACGGCGGUGUCCCGUUUUUCGUGAACAGGACGGGCUUUCCCAUAGACACCGUCACCUGGGAGAGAAUGUGGUCACACGUCACUAGAGUUCAUCCUGAUGGAAAGGACAUGGUGGAUAGAAUAAGAAAUUCAACACACAUCCCUAAACAUUCCGUGCCAUCGGUUCCAAACUUUAAGCCAUCAAUGUCUGUGCCUGAUUGGCUCCAUGCCGUCCAGAACUACAUGAGAAACUUGCAAUACAACCAUACGGGAACGCAGUUCUUUGAGGUUAAGAAAACCAGACCUCUGAGUGGGUUGAUGGAGACUGCCAGAGAGAUGAUACGAGAAUCACUUCCCAUCAAAUGCCUUGAAGCAGUUAUCCUUGGAAUCUACCUAACCAACGGUCUGACCUCCGUGGAACGGUUCCCCAUCAGUUUUAAGACCCAGUUCUCUGGCCACCACUUCCAUCACGUGGUGCUGGGCGUUUACUGUAAUGGCCGAUAUGGCACCCUGGGUAUGAGUCGACGUGCUGACCUCAUGGACCGAUCUCUGAGCUUCCGUACUCUCAGCGAGUUGGUGUUCGACUUUGAGGACUCAUACCGCCGCUACCAGCACACCAUGAAGAAGAUCAAAAUUGGCCUGUACGUGCCCCACAAUCCGCACGUUUUCCAGCCUAUUGAGUGGAACUAUCUGGUGAUCAAUGCCUGCAAGCAGGGCUGUGAAGACAUGCGCAAAGAGCUGGAGAAGCAUGGCCGUGACAUGAGGAUGAAGAUCCUCAAGUCAUCCAGUGCUCAGUCUCCAAUCAAAGAACGAACCCGAGGCAAGUCUCUAUCACCGCGCCGCCGAGCAGGCAGCAGUCCCCAAAGACGCCAACAUGUCCACAGAAGAGACAAAUCGCCAGCAGCACUGGACAGAAAGCCAGCAGAGCUCAGCACCCUCAGUGAUGGCUACCAGAUCCGCAUCUAAGACAGCUUUAUCCUUCACACGUCCUCCCUCAGUCAGAUCCACACAAGAUGUUUUUAAACACUAUUUAAUGCACAUUGUAAAAUGUACAGCAUAUUGAACAUAUUUAUAGUUGUACUUUCAUGUCACUUCUUAAAAUCAAAAGCAAAAGUUAAAAGUGAUUUUUAAAAAAAAAUGUUUUUAACAGAAUAUGAUGUUCCUUUUCCAGCCAUAACAUUUUUUUUAAUAGUGGAACUUUUAAGAGUGAAGGAUAUCAACUUUGCUUUAAAAUAGUUUUUACUCUAGUAAUUGUCAAGCAUUUUAGAAGCCAAAAAAAGUUGUGAACUGACUGGAAUAUUCAGGCAGAUAUGGAAAAUGCGGGGAAAAGGCUCUAUUUUUGGACAGAAUCUCUUCAAGCAGUGAGAGCUGGAGUGUGAAUGGAUUGUGCUUGGCAGAGAGAUGUUAACCUCAGUGCCUCGUGCUGUGCUGCUGGUAGUUUUAGAGGCUGACUGGCCUGAAGGAGAGAAAACGUACACUUUUUCGCCAGAGGUGCAAGGACACAAGGGACCUAAGCUUCAGAGAGCUACUCAUUCUGCCCACAAGAACUGUAUUCAAUCCACUUUACUUCUUUUUUUGUUACCUGCAUACAUAUCCUGUGAAAGGCAAGGAAUGGACAUGAUUUAUUGAUUAAGGUUUGACGUCAACUUACAUUGAAGGCUUUGUACUGUUUUUAUUGGAGAUUGAGCAUCUCUGUCCUAAAAGGACAUGGUGAUGGGAGGGGGGCGACCUUGAAUUCUCCUGAGAAACUAAAGUUUUGCGAGGGAAUGCAAUAGCAAAUAUCAUUUUUUUC